AGCAUACAGAAGCUCGCAAGACUUCUACAGCGCAGGCGGGCGCAGGCUAAAGCACGCCACGUCGUCUUUCUCACGUUGUUUUUCUCCACUCACACAAGUGAUGACUACUAACACCACAGAUUGUCUGCCCUCGUGGCUGGACAAGGAGUUUACUGAAAAAUCUCUGAAGGAUUCGAACAAUUAUCAAGACUUCAAGGUCCUCUUCGUAGAUGUACAACGAGCAUCAGCUCUAGGAGAAAACUUCAUGAGUGAAAUCUAUCGUAUGACUGUGGAACUAGAGCAUAAAGUCAAGCGGCAUAAGGAAACUGUGUCAUUAAUAGUAAAAUUAUUUCCAGGUGGAGAAGUUAUGCAGAAAAUAGCACAGGACAUGCAAGCCUUUGAGAGAGAGAUUCUCAUGUUCAGUGAGACCAUUCCUGCAAUGACACAGAUAUUGCAGAAAGCAGCCCCUGGUAAAUACACACAGUUAUCUGCAAUGUGUUUCACCUCUGGGACUCAGCCAGUUAUCUAUGUAGUCCUCGAGGACUUGAAGGGCAGAGGGUUUGCAAUGGCAGAGAGGUGCAAGGGACUGGACUUGGCUCAUGCAAAACUUGUUGUCAGGAAACUGGCUGAGUUCCAUGCGUCUUCCAUUGCACUGUAUGCACAGAACCCUGCAUCAAUGGACAAAUAUAAGACUUUUCAAUUGUUUGAAGGAGAAACAGGUAAGCACACAGAGUCCUUCUUGAAACUAGGCUGCAAAGGUCUUGCAGAUCAAUUGGAGACAUUAGAAAAAUCAUACUCACAGUAUGCACCAAGAGUUCGAGCUCUCUCAGAAAACCUAUACCCACGUCUAGCAGAGAUGGCAAAACAGAAGGGAAAGUUUUGUGCCUUAGCUCAUGCAGAUACCUGGACUAACAACAUUAUGUUCAAAUACUCUGGUAGUGCCGUCCAAGAUGUGGUUCUACUCGACUUCCAGGUUUCUUGCUACUAUUCACCUUCAAUUGACUUACAUCAUUUUAUACACACUAGUAUUACAGAACAAGUGUAUGCUGAUCACUUAACAGACCUUUUGAAAGAGUAUUAUAAUCGUUUAAUGGAAGUGAUGGAAGAUAUUGGUAUCAGCAGAGACAAACAGAUAUCCUUUGAGGAGGUGCUUCAAGACUUUGAGGCCCACAUGCUGUAUGGCUUGUACAUAGCAAUAACAGAACUUCCAGUUGUACGCAGUGAAGGGGAAUCUGGUUUUGAUGUAGAGGCAUCUAUGAAAGGAACAUACACUGAUGAUAAUAGAAGUGCUUUUACAGGUGCUGUGUAUAUGCAAGCUAUAAAACGUAUGCUACCAGAAUUUGAAAAGAGAGGUUUAUUGUGAAGUUUUCAGUAGUUUAUGUUUCUUCCACAUUAUAAAUUAAAGUGAGGUAGACUGACUGAAUUUUUUCCAAAUAUCAUGAUCGCAAUUAGCUACUCACCUUAAGUGAAAUUUGUGUAUUUAUAGUAACCCAGCUUUAAUAGCAUAUUGAGUUCUGCUUUGAACCCGCAGUAACAACAUUUGGUACAGAAAUUUCAUAAGUACAUAAUGAUAAAGUUUUGUUUUAUGCUAGCAUUGCCAGAAUGCAUGUAAGAUUUUGCACCCUUGUUAAUAAACUACUAUAUAUACAUGACUUGCAGUAUUAGAUUUUACAUAAACUUAGUUCCUCCAAUGCUAAGUAGCAUACUGGGCAACAAGUUUCUGACAGUGAACUUGAUCAGCUGCAAAGUUUUCAGCUUCAUCUCAGUUCAUGUCUACACAUUGAACAUCCUCUGAAAAAGUUCAUUUUCAAGUGUUACGAGGUCUCCUCUACUUCUAUACCCACCUGUUGGUUUCCAUAACGGUGCCAAUAUGAGGAUUCUUUCCUCUUUUUUUUUUAAUGUGUAGAACAUACUUUGCAUGUUUCUGUCUUCUUUCAACAAUGAUUUUGUGUAGACCACUUCUUCUCAGCGUUUCAUAGUUUCAAGCAUAGUCACAAUAGGUGAUCUUCAAAAUUCACCUCAAGCAACAUUGAUGAAAAACAUUGAGCUUGUAUGCUGAUUCUGCUGACAUUUUCCAGGUCUCUCACAUGUACAUGGCCAUUUGUAGGAUGGUACAGGAGGACAGCUAAAGCUUUGUGAACAUACUUAUGAAGUCUAAUUGCCAUAUGCAUCACAUCGUAUAGUACCUUCUGUUGCACUACAAUUUGGGUAGAUACAUUUCCACUUCUUAUGGAAUGUAUUUUUGUUGCAUCACUAUUUACUUUUACUCCUACAGAAGUGGGCAGUGAUCCAGCUUGGUAGACAUUAGUUGUAAACUCUGUGGUGUUUCUAUCACAGUAGAGCCUACAUAAUAAUUAUUUUUGAUGAAAAACGCUUCUGAGACUGUGGAAAAAACACCCACUAUGUUUCGUUAUCAAUGUCAAAGGUAUCAGUUUUACACAGACUAAAUUAUAUAUGUUUUUUAUAUUGAUCAGUUCGUGAAAGAAAGUCACAAAACUGGAAGUGUUGCCAGGCUCUUUGGACACUGUACAGUCAGCCUUGUUUGAUUAUUAUGACAGCAACCAGGAAUCAUUGACUCACAUCAGGGACAUUAUCAACCACAUCAUUAAUACAUUCAUCCAAAAUUUAAAAUUUUAAGGCCACCUAUGGAGACCAACUACCUCCUUGCAGAUUUCAGUGGGUCACUCUACAAUUGGUCAGGGUACAGUUCUGAAACAAUUCAAAAUGCCAAUCAACUGCAAGGGCCUCACCACUUUUCAUGUCGGUAAGGCAGAGCAUUGGCAAAAUGUUAAGGAAAGAAGAUGAGAUAGUGACCAGAAUUCCUGAAUAAAAUCAUUUGCACAACAGAAGGCCAGACUCAUAUAGAAGAGUGUCAAGAGGGGUUCCAGCUGUAUGAGGAGGUGCCAUGUUAUAGGAAAAGUAGUUUGCAGACCAGACCAGGAGAUGCAA